GUGCUUGUGGUGUUUAUGAGGUCACAACAAUACGCUUCCUGGUUUGUUCACUGUGCAACAUGGAGGUCUCCGUGCUCGGGAUGCUGUUCUGUGUCUCCAUGCUGGACAUGGUGUCAGGCAUCUGCCCUGAAGGAACAUACGGCUAUGAGUGCCGUUACCAGUGCCACUGUCCUAUGGACAAGUGUAAUACUACAAGUGGCUGUAGUCCAGAAGAUUGUUACAUUGAUUGGUCAGGACUGACUUGUCACAAAAGCAAUAUAGCACUUAACAAAACCACAUCAGCCAGCUCAGUCUAUGCCAGCAGGAAUCCAGGCAAGGUUGUAAAUGGUGACAACAGAGCAGACAGUUGGAAAGCAGAGUGUUUUCAUUCAGACUAUAACAACUCUAUAACAGAGGCAUGGUGGAGAGUGGAUCUUGGGGAGAUGGUCAGAAUACGUCAAGUCACAGUAUACUUCAGGACAGACUAUAAAGUUCGUCGGAAUGGUAUCCAGAUCUACAUAGCUGACACUGCCGCUUUCCCAACUAAUGGAGUCAACUGCUACAACGUGACAGGGAACAGAGACGGGACAGACAUACCUGAUGUUUUGAAGGUCACGUGUUCUGGUGAAGGUCGCAACCUGGUCCUGUACACAACAACUGUCAACAACGAACUAGCAGGCAUAACUGUGCCUGUCAUGGAUUUCUGUGAGGUGGAGGUUUGGGUGUGUAGCAAUGGUACUUUCGGCGCUGACUGUGACAACUACUGCCACUGUGACGGCGAGGUGUGCGACUACGUGAGCGGCAUCUGCCCCAGUGGAGUGUGUCUACCUGGAUGGACAACAGCAGCGUGUGAUACAGCGUGUCGCUUUGGCCACUAUGGUGCCAACUGUAGAAAGAGUUGCCCAAAUAGAAACUGCAAGGGUGACAACUCUAGCUGUGACCACGUGACAGGGGAAUGUGUUGGAGGCUGUAAGGCAGGAUGGAAUGGAACAGACUGUUCAAAGGAAUGCCUACGUUCCUACGGCAACGGCUGUUCCAAAAUGUGCUCUGAAAGGAAGUGCGCCGAAUCCUCAUCAGACAGUUGUGACCACGUGACUGGAAUGUGUGAAGGUGGCUGCAGACGCGGUUGGAAGGGUAUUGACUGCACAGAAGCAUGUAACCUGGGUGUUGAGUACGGAGCUAAUUGUGAGGGUUACUGCAGAGCCCGGAUGUGCGAGGAAAGGGCGGGCAUCUGUCCCCAGGAUACAGGUCGGUGUGAGUCAGGAUGUCUGUCAGGGUGGAAGGGAGACAACUGCACGCAAGCUGUCACAGGGACACUUGAUCACGAGGACAGAAGUAUAUCCCCUCUGUCUGCUGGCUUGUUGGGAGCUCUGGCAAUGCUGGUAUCCAUGGCUGCUGUGAUGGGCGGGGUGUGUCUUUGGAGGAGGAAAACGCACGUGAAGAACGGCGAAAACCAUGACAAAUCCAGAUCAAGUGGAAACCCGACGGUGUCUUCACCUUCACCAACUACAACAGUGUCUGACUACGAUGUCAUAUCUGGAAGUCAGUACGCCACGCUGGACGGACGGUCACCAGACAUGUAUAAGUCACUGAAUGUCUCAGGUGUAUAUCCCAACAGCCAGGUUCACAUCUAAAACUGUACAAGAGACAGACGAGGACGAUGACGUGGCAACAAUACAUGUACACUGGCCGGAUGUUGACACACAAAUGUGAUGUGUGAUAAUCAAACUAUAAAAUAUUUACAUUGUUUUGAGCCAAGUAGUUUAGAGUAAUGUUUAGGUUUGCAAUACCCGACUUUGUUAAUGAGCAGAACAGCAGUUAUUAUGUUUUGAUACCUUAAUUCACCACGACCGUAUAGGGACAGACAGUACAUGAACAGUACCCUAUAUGAUUGACAAUGUGUGGACUAUUAAGGAAUUGCGAAGAAACAACACUGGAAGAAAUAGUCGUGUUUUUUCAACGCGUAAAUACUAAGGUUUUUUCUCAACGCAGAAUGUUGAGCUCAUACCUAAAUGUCAGCAACUGGUUUCUUUUAAGUUUCCUUUUGUCGUCUACGGUAACCUUUCCUCAUAUGUGGAGAUAAUACCAAGACCAUGUUGUAACGAUGAUUAACACCUUUACACAGACGUUAUUAUGAUUUUAACAUUAUGUUUUACAUUGUUUUAAUAGAUGUUUAUCAAUCAUAUUGAUGUUUUUAGUACAACUUGUGAUAAAGACCUGAGUUAUUUUUCAGUAUAGAUUUGUUAUGAUUGUGAAAAUGUCCUAUAAUUUCAGAAAUCGCUUUUGUUUAAUAAAUGUAGUUUUUCUUCAUAA